AUCUAAACUACAAGAAAGAACAAUAAGAAAGUUGUAAACUAUUGCACAGGAUGAAAUAGAACGAAGCAUAGAAACACAUAGUCUAUGAACUGAGAGGAAGGGGGGGGGAGAUAAGACAGAAAGAAGUGUAAAAGAUGAAAUAAGAGAGAGAGAGAGAGAGAGAGAGAGAUAAAUGAGAGAAAAAAACAAGCGUGAGACAGAGAGCAAGAAGGAGAAAUAAGGGAAACUACUCGUUUUCCAAAAUAUCGUCAAGGAGGCGGGUAGAGCAGGUAAAAAAAAAAAAGUCAUAGAUUGCGUUUUUCUCAGAAGCAGCAUUUUCCUGAAAAAGUUUCGCAUGCAGAACUGUGUGAGUAAACUUACUGAAACUGUUGUAAAACAGAGUAUAGACUUCUGUAGCCGAGACGGAUUCUUUGCUCUCAUGUUUGUUAAAGAGUCUGAACACAGAUUUGAAGAGCUCAGCUGAUCCUAAAUGACGUAUACUUUCGUCACGCUUGUGUCAUUGUUGACAAUAAAUGUACUUGUGCCUGUCUUUUGCCGAUUAUCACAAUGUAACUUGGCAGUCAGUAACCGGGUCAUCAAAUCACGACAAUGGCCGUCUUUUGGAAAAAUCGACAAAAGAGAUCUAGUGGAAUAUUUUGUGACGUACAUCAAUGAUGACAACGAGAGAGUUACCUUUGACAGGACUAACACAACGAAUACACCAAGAUUUCAACCAAUGAGAUGGUUUAAUAUCAACGAGAAGAUUGGGGAUAUCUUGCCAAUGAUCUACGACUACUAUUUCUCCAUAACAAGAUAUUUUAUGAAUAUCCAGACUAUACAUAUCGACUUGAAUGUCACUCCAGAGGAUUGCAUCUAUUCUAUAGAUUAUGAAGAAGUUGAGAUAUUAACGAGGAAGUUUUUCAUUGGUCAUGUUUCAAUUGUCGAUUCCCACAUUUGUUCAGCUAAUAUAGUGGAUAAAAAUGGUAUAGGAGUAGUUUCAUAUAACUGUUGUAGAGUUGUUGAAUCUUCAAAUGAAACUGUAUGUUCUGAUAUAAACGAAGACUUUGAUUGGCUAACGGGAGUAAAUAUUGUAGCAAUAGUAGCCUCUAUAUUGAUCAUGGGAAUGAUUUUUAUGCUCAUUUUACUGUCACCUACUGGCACUGAAGAGUUUUACUUCUACCCAACAAAUAUGGUGAUUGAUUACACUGCUGGUGAAAGUACGAACAAUGAUGGUUCAAGAAACGCCGCUGGUGAAAGUACGAACAAUGAUGGUUCAAGAAACGCCGCUGGUGAAAGUACGAACAAUGAUGGUUCAAGAAACGCCGCUGGUGAAAGUACGAACAAUGAUGGUUCAAGAAACGCCGCUGGUGAAAGUACGAACAAUGAUGGUUCAAGAAACGCCGCUGGUGAAAAUACGAACAAUGAUAGUUCAAGAAAUGCUUCUGGUGAAAGUACGAACAAUGAUGGUUCAAUAAAGGCUUCUGGUGAAAGUACGAACAAUGAUGGUUCAAGAAACGCCGCUGGUGAAAGUACGAACAAUGAUAGUUCAAGAAACGCCGCUGGUGAAAGUACGAACAAUGAUAGUUCAAGAAACGCCGCUGGUGAAAGUACGAACAAUGAUAGUUCAAGAAAUGCUUCUGGUGAAAUUACGAACAAUGAUAGUUCAAGAAACGCCGCUGGUGAAAGUACGAACAAUGAUGGUUCAAUAAAGGCUUCUGGUGAAAGUACGAACAAUGAUGGUUCAAUAAAGGCUUCUGGUGAAAGUACGAACAAUGAUAGUUCAAGAAACGCCGCUGGUGAAAGUACGAAUAAUGAUAGUUCAAGAAACGCCGCUGGUGAAAGUACGAACAAUGAUAGUUCAAGAAAUGCUUCUGGUGAAAGUACGAACAAUGAUAGUUCAAGAAACGCCGCUGGUGAAAGUACGAACAAUGAUGGUUCAAUAAAGGCUUCUGGUGAAAGUACGAACAAUGAUGGUUCAAUAAAGGCUUCUGGUGAAAGUACGAACAAUGAUGGUUCAAUAAAGGCUUCUGGUGAAAGUACGAACAAUGAUGGUUCAAGAAACGCUUCUGGUAAAAGUACGAACAAUGAUGGUUCAAGAAACGCUUCUGGUGAAAGUACGAACAAAGCCGGUUCAAUGAACGCUGCUAGUAACGAGACAAAGAUAAGAAUUCGAGUCUUUGAAACUUGCAACAGGAAAGAAACAUUUCAAAGGAAAACAGGGACUAGUAACAAAAAUGAGGUUAUAAUAGACAAAUUAAAAAUCUUGUUGACCAAGAAACAGUGUGUGGAUAAUAACUACUCAGCCAUAACUUUUUUUCGAUGCAUAACCGAAUUCCUCACUGGUCUGGACAGUUCCUACUGUAAACCUUCAAAAAACCUGAACAAGUGCUUUUUUUCUUGCGAUUGCUGUUCAGAUAAACCCAUGUGUCUUCCAUUGGUUCGCCUUUAUUUAGGGAAAGUACUGUUUUUAGUCUUUUCUAUAAUAUUUUUUGUUCCUACUUGUUACCUUUUGUAUAAAACUAAAAAUAAUAACAUGUUGUGCUCUGAAUUAGAAGUGAAAGGCUUGAGUUGUCCAUUUUCUGAUGAAACAGCAUCUUUCUGUUUUUAUGUUCUCUCUUUUUUUUAUUGUGCCGUCAUUGCGCUUUACUUCUUUCCCUGUAAUAAUUUCAUAACAAUGCUAAUACCUGAGCUUCCAUGGAGUGAAUACGAUAAAAGUGAUACAUUUCGUUACCCCCGUGGAUGCGAAAUCGUUAAAAUAAUUGUUAGCCUUUUGUCAAUGGCAGUUGUCUUUACCACUUGGGGGUUCUUUUUGUACUUCUUAAUAACUUUGUUGCUUAGAAUUCUGAUCAUGUCAUCCAGCACUCGGAAUAUCCUUGACGAUUUUUCUUUUGUCAUUUUCCCUUUAUUUCUUGUGGUCUACGAUUAUAUCACGAACGUAACCAAGGAGUUCAAGGUGAUUUCAGAAAAUAUUUUUGAUCUUGUCCGCAAUGACGAUGAGCUGAAGUGUUCUUCCAUCAAUUCGAAAAAAAAGUUAAAUGAAGCAAUUCUUCUUUCAGGAGAGGACCAAACCAUCGAAGGUAGCUUAACUUAUGUUGGCAAAGAACUUCGACUCAAUAUCAACUGUCCUUUUAUUUUUCAAAGAAGGGAUGGUAGAAUGUAUACUAGCAAAAGACUUGUGACACAAAUCUACAACGACUCGUCUGAGUUUCUACCUUUUGAGCUUAGUGCUUAUUUAAAGGCUUUUCUGGUAUCCUUAGUACCUUGUGCACUGUACGCCAUUGUAUUUAUGGUGUUUGUGACCUACACCUCAAUUAUCUCGUAUUCGACACAUGUGGCUGGAUACACGGCUACUGCACUGACUGGUCUAAAAUGGCUUCAUUCUAAAGUUGGAUCCUUAAUUCAAGAAAUUUUAAUUUCAAAUAAAUCUGUAAAACAAAGCGUGAAAGAGAGGCUGAAACAAGAGCGGUUAAACUUUCAUGAAAGUUGGAAAGUUAGUGCUAUACACUUUAAGGGAGAUUAAAAUCCCUCAACAAGUGGACUCGGUGGCACCAACUGAAACUUACAAAAAAAAAAAAAACACAGAGAAAAAUAAAAUUACGCAUAGCAAUUUAUUAAAAUAAUAAGGUACCUAAAUGUAAAUAAUAAAAUAAAUGUUUUGCAAACAUAAAUUGAGAUCUUCUAGGAAGCUUUUGAAAGCACGAUUCAGCUAGACCUGUACCAGUGCUGUCGUCGACAUUUACGAAUCCCACCAAAUCUACAUUGAUUUUUUCUAGUGUACUCUCAAAAUUGUGUGUUCCAAAAAUAAUAUUCUUUUGUUUUUGGUAACCAGCUUCAGGUGUGCAGCCCGAAAUGGUUUUUAAAUAUUACAUAUAUAUAUAUAUAUAUAUUGAAUAUAAUUUUCCAAGAUAGUAUCUCCAAUCAAAUUAAUUGCCUCAUUUUAAAUUCUUUUGCCCAAGUAAUUAUCACGAAUUUCUUUGCUUUUUGAAUAUGUCGAAAUGAUCUUCAAUGCUUAAUCGUACUUUCCUAACAAGAAAAUACUCAAUCAAGAUGAUUUAUUGAGUCUAUUUUGCACAUAGUAUUGUUUCUUUUGUUGUUUCCCUUUAAAAACGCUAAUAGCAGGAAUAUGUUGUAUGGACAGUUCAUGAUCAGCUUGAACACUAGAUAUUUAUAUUUUUGAUAUUUCGUUCAAUUUUUUAGCGUUAGCUUUUUAAUGCUGAGAAAUAUCAGCAGCAAAAAAAAAAUACGUAUAGAGCCUUUGUAUGAUUCGAAUGAACUGAGCAAUCAACAAUUUUUAAAAAUCAGUUUGACUAAUUUUUUUUUAGUAUCCUACUUUACGCUAUAGAAUGUCGCUGACAAGUAAAGAAAUUAAACAACUCUUUGCGCUGUUUGUGCACCAGGCUCAAAAUAAUAAUUCAACUUCUUCAGUAAAAGAAAAAAACACGGGUCUUUUACCACAGGACUUACAAUAAGUGAUGUUAGAGACUUUAAGAUCUGCUAUGAGAUUCGAUAAGAUUUCACAGUGAAAAAAAAAAUUCGUGUCACGUGCGUGGUCCCCCAUCAAUCGGAAGCCCUUGACGCAGGGCCGGUCUUACGGCACUGCAACCUAUACGGCCGCAGUGGGCCACGCACUUUCAUAGGCUCGCGCUAAGUCUAGUUGCAAAUUAUUACAUGACAACCAUUCUAACUUAUAACAGGGUUUCCGCGGUCUCCUAAUUUCCCAGGUGCAAUGGAAAUCUCCUGAAAUUGCAAAGUAUACGAAAAAAAGUCAUGAAUAUGUCCUGAACUUAAUAAAAUAUCCUGAAAACUUAUAACAUGUUCUGAAAAAUAGACAAAAUUGUAAUUUUGGUGUGUCAUUCAAUAUCGAAAAAGCCAAUCCUUCUCGCGAUUUAAAAAAAAAACGGCAUUGUCAGCUUUCAUUUAAUAAAAAUAAAAGGCGACGUUUAACAAAAACAAGGAAGUUCCAAUACCUCAUUUACUUUAAUAGUCACUGGUAUAUAAAUAUUGGUUUAAAUCUAUCACGAGCUCUUACAAAAAUUAAAAUCGAUAUUUUGCUAGUCAAUCGUAAAUCUAAAAGGCAGAUCUGAAUGUUUAUCGGCUUUUUGUUGGAAAACUAACUUCUGUUGUAAAUGGCUCGUAAAGUUAAUUUGACCGUGAUUUUGUACUUAGUAAAAUAUGAAUAAAAUGCAAAGACGUAUUUAUUUUCUAACAUAAAAAUCUUAAUUUUCAUUUAUUAUCCUUAUCCCUACCCAGACUAGGCUCCGCGCAAUCCAUUUAGCAUAGGGCCCCGCAAUCUGUAGGACCGGCCCUGCCUUGACGGCUGCCUAGUUGGCCUAUGACUAAGGUCGGUCUUGACUGAAUUAGGAAUCAAAGUAUAAUGAAAAUGCAUAAGGUAAAGACAGUGGUAAAGGUAAAGAACCGAAAGACAGGCCUACAUGCUCUAAUCUAGGGAAAGACAAAAAGGAACAAUCGAAAGAUAAGUUGACAAGCGUUUAUCACGGUAAAAGCGAUAGUAUAGGAAGGACAAAGAUUGAUUUGCAGAUGUGAAAAUCUAUAUAAAUCGGGUAUCCUAGUUAGGAAAAGAUACUGAAAAGAUAGAGUGUCCUUGUAAAAAUAUGGGCAUUUUCUUUAAAUGUAUAAUAUAUGCCAUGAGUUUCAUUACCUAUAUAGAAUGUUUAUUUGAUUUUUAGAGUGUCAUUGCAUGAAUUGUAUGUUCAUCUUAUUUUAAAUGUCAUUACCUGCAUGUGAUGUUAAUCUAAAUUUUAGUUUCAAUGCCUACAUUUAAAGUUCAUUAUAUUUUAAGUAAUAAAUGUAUCUCAGCAUACAA